AUGCGGAGAUCAAAUGUGUUUGUAAUUGGCUUUUUGCUGAUUCCUUUGAUUACAGCACUCACUAUCAGACGAGAGACCCCAAUUCCAGGUGUAGACAAACUAUCUUUACUAUCGCCAAUGAACCAAAACUGGGCUAUGCCUCUUAAGUACGAAAAUAGGCCUAAACCCAUAUCAGAGAAAGAAACUAGUCCCAAUAACAACACUCCAUCGGCAGCUACCCCAACUGAGCCCAUACCAAAUGCCCCAACUAGCCCAACUGUUACGCCUAUUAUACCCAAUCAAGCACCCGAAAUAAGCCAAACUACCACUCCAGUUCCUAUUGCCGCUCCUAUUACCGCCCCAAUCACCAACCCAGUUCCGGCUGAGCAGAUGCCUGUACCUGCCCCUAUUCCUAUCACUAGUGAAGAGGUCAAGGCUGUUGUGGACAAGGAAGUUCCGACCACCCGUACCAAGUCCCAGACAAAAACUGAUUCUAAUACCGAAACUGAAGGUGCUGUGCAAUCUGAAGCUGACCCAAAAAUCAAAACAAAAGGAAAACUCCAAGUCGUAUCAGAGACCCUAGUUGCAAAGGACAAAGAAUUCGUUGCAAUUGAGGAAAAUCUAAACCAAGAUAUGCAAUGCUUUGCAUUCAUGGUCAAUCCCGACAAAACUCUUACCGCGGUUCCCCUGACUGUAGAAGAGGUAUGGGAGAUAGUCCAAGAGGAAGAAAUCCAAAAGCGCGACCAAGCCCAAGGAGCGCGAUGGCUAUACCUAACAGGCAUGUUCUUUCGAAAAACAGCUAUCGCCACUGUCUCUAUCUUUUUAAUCGGCGCAUUCGUUAACAUACUUCAUCCUCUGUUUGCUUUUGGCGCCCUUGAUGCGUUUGGUACCGGGUAUUUGAUUAUUUCACCGAUUGUGCUAGCACUAGUUGCUAUUGGGUUAGUACUCAUGCCUUUCAACCAGAAGUGGCUCAAAACUCUAAAGGGUAUCUUGUUAGUGUUUAUAUCACUCUUCGGACUCUUUGCAUUUGCUAAUACCCAGCCAGCUAAUCUCACCGCCUCAGAAACUUUAGCCCAGAACUUUAUGCUUCUCUUUGCUCUCUCAUCUAUUCUACUUAUCUUCUCCCAAGCAUUCACUCUCAAAACCAACCGCCAAAAAGUCUUCCCAGAAGAUUACCGCCGCUCAGUCCAUUUAUGGAUUCUAGGUAUUGCCGCUGGAAUGUGCUUCCUAGUCUUAAUUUGUGCCCUCUUUGAUGGAGCUAUUGGUAGCACCGUUCUAAAUUCCUGGUUCGACAAUAUCAUAACACCCGGUACAUUAGAACGUGGCUGCCUCCGCACCACCGUAGUUCUAGGAUUCGCUCUAGCCACUAUCUUUGGCCAUCUAAUACCACUUAACGGCAAAAAGGAAACUCUCAAGGACAAACUACCCACCAUCCAUACGAUUGUCAAUCUAUCCAUAACCAUUCUGGCUUUAGCCCUUCUAGGCAACUAUCUCAAAAACUACAGAACCGAUAUUCACUUCACUUCUAUUUAUAUCCUAAUUGGAUCCCUUAUCAUUUCCAUCAUCAGUAUAUUCUUCAACUUCUUCACUGUCUUCCAGAGCAAACGACCACGAAUUCUCCCAAAACCCCAACCAAAAUCCAAACUAGUUUCCUUCCUUCUCCACCACCAAGCCACCAUUCUAGCCGCUCUUACUCUUUUCGCCUUCGCCGGAAUUGCCUCUACCGCCAUUCUAAUUAUGAUCAACAAUGGCACGUUCAGCAACGCCAACUUCAAUCCCAGCACCAUCGAUCCCAGCAAGUAUUCCAAGGAUAUUUUCGGCCGUAUCUACUAUUUCGUUGCCAACCUAAGAACUCCAACUCCCAACUAA